GACGGACAAACGGCGCUGCAUCUCGCGUUGAGACGUUCGCACAUCGAUAUUGCCUUGCUUUUGAUCACAAAGGGUUGCAAGCUGGAUAUACAAGAUAAGAAUGGCGACACGGCACUGCACAUUGCCGCACGGAUCGGACUUCUUUCAGCCGUUCAAACACUCUGUCACCUUGGUGCUUCCGUGGACAUACCCAAUCAGUGGGAAAUUUCACAGCUUAGGAACCAGACAACAUAUCGACUGUUUUUGCACAUACCGAAGUGUAAAACAGUGAAAAUUCUUAGCAGCAAGCGUCAGCUGGACGGAAUUGCGCAAAACACAUUUAUGGUACAAUUAGGAUCAAAGGGAAAUAGUCUCAUUGAAAUCUGA